CAGCUGGUGAUAAGCAAUAUAUCACAACAUAGACAUCCAAAUCCCGCAUAUCCUGACAUCAUCAGAGAGCCCAGAACUCUGCAAUUGUACUUCAAGCCUUUUCUUCAGCAGUUUCCCAGGGCAAGCACUGAAUAUUUUUUGGGGCCCUCAAUGCCUGUGGCGGUGCCGUCUAUCCACUCUGAUUCUGGGAUGCAGCAAGUCCUGCAGCCGUUUUCUGAUCUCCCUCCAUCCUCUGAUCUGGAUCUCAUUUUCCUCAAAGGCAUCAUGGAAAGCCCUACGCCUCAUGAGCGAAUUGAGGAAACCCGGUUGGAAGCUGUAAGGGAAAAUAAUCUGCAGCUGGUCCAGGAGAUCCUCCAAGAUCUGCAGACUGUAAUCAGAGAUCCCAGUGGAACAGCAGCUGAGCUGAAAAAGAUUCUGCAGGAGCCACAUUUCCAGUCUCUUUUACAAACUCAUGACUCAGUGGCUUCCAAGAACUAUGAGACUCCUCCACCAAGCCCACUUCUGGAUCCUACCCUGAGCAACCAGCCCGUUCCACCUGAUGCUGUGCGUAUGGUGGGUGUCAGGAAGAAUGCAGGGGAGCAUUUGGGUGUGACUUUCCGUGUGGAGGGUGGUGAGCUGGUGAUUGCACGCAUCCUGCAUGGUGGUGUUAUAGAUCAGCAAGGUCUUCUUCAUGUGGGAGAUGUCAUAAGGGAGGUGAAUGGACGGGAGGUAGGAAGCGACCCUCAAGCUCUACAGGAGAUGCUGCGGGAGGCCAGCGGGAGUGUGGUGCUGAAAAUACUCCCAAGCUAUCAGGAGCAGCAUCCUCUAAGACAGGUGUUUGUGAAGUGUCACUUCAGCUACGACCCGUCAAAUGACAGUCUGAUUCCUUGUAAGGAGGCAGGGUUGGCUUUCCGUGCAGGGGACCUCCUGCAGAUUGUCAACCAGGAAGACCCCAACUGGUGGCAGGCGUGUCUAGUGAAAGGUGGCUCUGCAGGUCUCAUUCCCAGCCAGCUACUGGAGGAGAAAAGAAAAGCAUUUGUUAAAAGAGAUGGUGAGCUGACUCCAAACUCUAGUGCUCUUUGCGGAAGUAUCGGAGGAAAAAAAAAGAAGAGGAUAAUGUAUGUAACCACCAAAAAUGCAGAGUUCGACCGCCAUGAGCUUCUCAUAUACGAAGAAGUAGCAAAAAUGCCCCCAUUUCGAAGAAAGACCCUUAUUCUUAUUGGUGCCCAGGGAGUUGGGAGGAGGAGCCUGAAGAAUAAACUGCUGACUUCGGACCCAUUGAGAUAUGGCACCACAACACCAUAUACCUCACGGAAGAGGAAAGAAGGAGAGUGGGAUGGUCAGUCCUACAUCUUCGUGUCGCGUGCAGAGAUGGAACAAGACAUAAAAGCUGGCCGCUAUCUGGAGCAUGGAGAAUAUGAGAGCAAUCUGUACGGCACCAAAAUUAGCUCCAUACAGGAAGUGGUGGCAUCAGGAAAGAUGUGUGUGUUGGAUGUCAACCCUCAGGCAGUGAAAGUCCUCAGGACUGCAGAGUUUGUGCCAUAUGUUGUGUUCAUUGGAGCUCCAGAUUUCCAAACCCUAAAAACCAACAACCAGGCAGCAGUUCAUGCCGGUCUGACAGCAAAACAAUUGUCUGACAGUGAGCUCCUACGCAUUGUGGAGGAAAGUGAACGGCUCCAGCAAGCCUAUGGCCAUUACUUUGACCUUAGUCUGGUGAACUCAGAUCUGGAGAAAAGUUUCCAUGAGCUGCAGGUGGCUCUUGAGAAACUGCGCACUGAGCCCCAGUGGGUUCCCGUCAGCUGGGUCUACUAG